UUGUAAUAAAUCGAUCACAGAGGUUAACUUGCAUGUUGAGACAGAUUCCAAUAUGGCAGACGUUUAAAGGAAAUGAAAAUCCGGAUACACAAAUAAUGGAAGUGUAGAAAGAAAAAGAUGGCGGAUUUAGUCCUUCAGACGACAACCGAACAUAUCACGUGUACAAUCUGUUUGGAACUGUUCGAGGAACCCAAAGCACUACCGUGUCUUCACACCUUCUGCAAAAAAUGUAUCCAUAGUCACAUCACCAGGAAUUUAGGUGGUUUAAGUAUCCCUAAUGGAUUCCGCUGUCCAAUCUGUAGACUUUUCGUGCCCGCCCCACUAGGAAGACAAACUUCCCCCCAAACCUGGGCCAGUUACUUACAGGGGAACCAUGUAAUUGUAAGCCUUAUUGAGGCAUUCAAGAACCCGCUCAGUCAAAAUAAGCCAAACUGCUGCUUUGAACAUCCCGGCAAAGAACUUGAAAUUUAUUGUUUUGAUCACAGUGUAUUCGUCUGUUGUGUUUGUUCUCUUAAACAUAGACAGUGUAACGAUGUUCAAUCCAAGGAGGAUGCAAUGGAACGCCUGCAGUCUCUGAGUGCUUUGUCAUCCAGCUUGGACACUACAGAAGAAAUGAUGAAAAGAAUGUACGAACAGUGUAAUGAAAUAGAGAAACACAUUGCCAACAGGAAGUCUAAACUCGCCGGUCUGGACGAAAAGGAGACAGAAGCUCAGCAGACGAUAUCUCAACUCAAGCGAGAAAUGAUUGAACGAAUCGAAGAGGCAGAAGUGUUAACAGUGGCGAAACUCAGUAAGAAAAAGGAAAAAGAGAUUCAAAAAAUGGAACGAGAAGUAAAGAAAUAUGAAAGAAUCCUCAGUAGUGCCAAGGAUAGUAUAAGUCUCCUCCAGUCGGCAAAGGAUGGUCAAAGGAAAGAGGAGCUAAACGACGCAAUACAGAUGGCUUCUAAAACUGAAGAAAAUUGUCUGAAGAAACUGGUGUCUCUCAACAAAAAGGCCGAGAAAUCAACAUUUGAAUUCAAACCCACUAAAAUUGUUUUGGAUUUUCUAUCGAACUUUGAAUACAUUGGAAGUAUAGUUGAUAGCGAUGAGUCUGAAGCAAGUCCUUGUACUUCUUUGAGUGACAUGUCUAAUCCUGAAAGUGAGAGUCCUCCACUGAUUUCAAGAGCUCAUUCCUCAGUGGAAAUGUUUCAGUCACCAACAAACCGACAAAGACCAGUUCCAGCCAGACGACAGCGUCGUGUCGCGUCUUCGUCCUCUCUUGAUACAUCAGACAACGUUCUAACAAUGGCAACAAAUCAAAUGCAAAAUUCGGCCGAAAUAAGUGUAGAUGCCAGCAAGUUGAAGCCAAGCUGGAUAACGGGAUUGUCCGUCUUCCCUGACGGCAAGGUACUUCUGGCUGAUUAUCACAGUUCUCGGUUGAUGCUUUUCAGUUCGAAUCAUAAUUUGGUGUCUGAAAUUCGUGUACAACCCGCACCGUAUGAUGUCACUGUGAUAAACGACUACGAAUUUAUGGUAACCCGUCCUGAAUACGCAGAAAGUGUGAUAAGUGGAAAUGUCACUGACAAUGAACUAUGUUUGGGGGCCAUCUUGAAAACAUCCUUUCAAGCACGUUGCUUAAAUUUUAACCGAGGAUAUCUUGCUGUGUGUUCAAGUUCAGUUGUUGAAAUCCUUGAGAAAGAUCUAGAAUUUUGGAACGAAAGGCAUUCUCAUUCUUUCGUCAGAUCCAAGUUUACGUACGUUGCAGUGGACGGCGAACGAAGAAAUGUAUUUUUGACGGAUCAGAAGUACCCCGAACCACAACUGAUGUGUCUGACUUUUUCUGGGGACGUGCUAUGGCGUUUUGUCCACCCAGAUCUAAAUUUUCCUACUGGGGUGGCCUAUAACGGGGCGCACGUAUAUGUUGCAUCAUGGGAUAGAUGCGCUGUUCUGGAGCUAAAUUUGGAGGGAAAUUACUGCGGGGUUAUUAUCAAAGACAUUAUGUUUCCAUGGAAAUUAACAAUGGGACAGGAAAAUGGGAACUUAAUUGUGUCCCAGCACAAGAACACUCUUUCGGAUGAAAUGAAAAGAUCUGUUAAGCUGUAUCGUUUUGAUUCAGCGUGAACAAUGUUUAAUUUUUAGCGUUUCUGAUUUACUUUCUUACCAAUAAAUGUUAGCAUUUCUCUU